GUUUCAACUGAUUUUCAAUAUGAAAAAUUUCUCAUCAUUUUUCCUAAUUUUAUCCUUAUCUAUUAUACAUGUAUCAUGUUCGCAAUCAUAUCAUUGGAAAUCAAAAUCAUCAAUCAACAAAACAGUACCAUUCCAAUUGUUAUUUAAAUCAUUGUUGGUAGCAAGUGUAAUCAAUCCUAGUUCGACUCGUUUAAGAUCAACAUUAACAUCAAAUAUGAAAGCAUUGAUUGUUGGAGCUUAUGAAGGUUCAUCCUCUAGUGACUCACCAAAAUUGGUAUUAACUAAAAAUGGUCAAUCACUUGACUUUAGCAAGGAUAUUCUCAAAAGCAUAGAAACUCUUGGUCCAGUUAAAAAAGGUAAAAGUCGCAUAUUCCAGGGCAUAUCAAAUCAAUACCUUGUCGUUUCAUUGGUAAACCUGGGACCCGGAGAUGCUGGUAUCAAUCCUGUUGAACAACUUGAUGAGAAAAAAGAGAACACUCGGUUGGCUGUUGCUGAAGGUCUCAAAUCUAUUCGCGGACUUGAUUCAGAAGCAAUAAAUGAAGUCGUAGUUGAUGAUUGUGGGGAUGCCCAAUCAGCAGCCGAGGGUAUCUUCCUAUCUGAUUGGAAAUUUGAUGAACUUAAAGAUGAAAAAUCUCGCCGAAAGCCUCUUUCAUUCAGUCUACUCAAUCCUAACGGAGAAACUGCUGCUGCAUGGGAAAGAGGUCGACUUCUUGCUCGCGGACAGAUUAUAGCCCGAAGAUUAGCUGACAUGCCUGCUAAUCUGAUGACUCCAACAAUUUUCGCCGAAGAAGUUGUAAAAGCAACUGAGGGAACAUCAGUUAAGGUAAAUGUCCGAGAUAAAGCUUGGAUUGAAUCAAUGAAAAUGGGAUCAUUUUUAAGUGUUGCUCAAGGUUCCUCUCAGCCUCCUAAGUUCGUAGAACUACAUUACAAUAAUGCUCCCGAUACCAAACCUCUUGUUUUCGUUGGUAAGGGUAUCACCUUUGACUCUGGUGGUAUCUCAAUUAAACCAUCAGCUGAUAUGGACCAAAUGAGAGCUGAUAUGACUGGAGCUGCUAUUGUUGCAGGUACCAUUAUCACUUUAGCUGCUCUCAAAGCUAAAGUCAACGUUAUUGGUUUGACACCUCUUAGUGAAAAUUUAGUAAACGGUGAAGCUACAAAACCAGGGGAUGUUCACCGAGCUAUGAAUGGUAAAACCAUUCAAAUUGACAAUACUGAUGCUGAAGGUCGUUUGGUAUUAGCUGAUGCUUUAACUUACGCUGACACUUUCAAUCCUCAAGCAGUAGUCGAUAUUGCUACAUUGACUGGGGCAAUGAAGAUUACGUUUGGAACAGCAUGUAGUGGUGUCUGGUCAACAAAUGAUAAACUUUGGAAUCUUAUUCACAAGACUAGUAUUGAUUCUGGUGACAGAGUUUGGCGAAUGCCGCUAUUCAAGCAUUAUACCAAAGAAAUAAGUGAUUGCCAUUUAGCUGACCUUAACAAUAUGGGAAAAUCUCGACAAGGAGGUUCAAAUAUCGCAGCAGCUUUUCUACAAGAAUUUAUUAGUUGCCCAAAUUGGAUGCACAUUGAUAUUGCAGGAGUUAUGUGGAAUGGUGCUGAUAAGGGUUAUCUUACCGCUGGAAUGACGGCUCGUCCCUUGCGAACAAUCGUUCCUUUCUUUGAAUCAAUAUUUCAAAAUAAACUAUGAACUCUACUAAGCAUCUAACGAAAGCUUAAUUCGGAUAAAAUAUUAUCUCUUUCUUACUAUACUAAACUGGAAACAUCCACCUAUUUGUCAUGGAUAUUUUUUGUCCUCUUAUUAAUCUUUAUUAGUUUAACCUUUUUGGUCUUUUAUCGUAUGUGAAUGAAUAAAUUGAUGCUCUUAUUAGACUAAAACUAUUUGUUUACACCGUCUGAUUAAAGAUCCUA